AUGCACGACAAUGGUCCGGCGCCGGUUCCGCCUACAUCUCUAGCAUCGAAGCCUCCGUCCAGCCCUGCCACGAAUCUUCACGCCAUUGUGCUCGCUCUUCGGGCCAUUACAGUUCUAAAGACGGCUAGCACUUCAGCAACUACUCGAGUCGCAAAGAUAACCCCUAUCAGAGCAGCCAGCUCCUCGGCUGUAUCUCACGCAACGGUUCAUCCAGUGUAUCAACCUGUACCUCUUCGCUGUAACGAGUUCCGCAUCCUUCACGUGGAGCCAGCUACCUCUUUCUCGUCGCAAAUUGUUGCUAGGCUCUCUGUAGUUGCUUACGAUCCCAAAUCCAAGGAAGUCUCGGCUCCUUACGACGCUCUCUCUUAUAGAUGGGGAGACCCCAACGACACUGUUGAGAUUGUUGUCAAUGACGCCGAGUUAAAGGUGACAAGGAAUUUGUCCAUCACUCUUCAAAAUCUUCGUCACCAGAACCACGAACUCGUCAUUUGGACUGACGCUAUCUGCAUUAAUCAGAUGGACAUAGAGGAGCGACAGGUCCAAGUGAGUCUGAUGGGCGUCAUCUACCCAAAGGCAGACUGUGUACAGAUAUGGCUUGGCGAAGCUAGCCUCGAUACUGAAGCGGGUAUGGACCUCGCUAAUAGCUGUGGCAACAAAGACACCGAAGAAGUCGUGAAAAAGAUCUGCGCCGAUGAUCGUGGGUCGGCUGGAUUGACCGAGCUACUUGAACGGCCAUACUGGAGCAGGAUCUGGAUGUUCCAAGAAAUCCUCCUUUCAGGAAAGGCACAGGUUCAGUGUGGCCAAUUCAGCACACCUUUCGGUCACCUCAAGUACCUGGAUAUGGUGACCUCCCAGUCAUCCCUGUGGAGAGACCGGAAGAACCCUCCAGGCUGGACCAUCCGACUUCGUAAAGCGUUCUUCAACACGGCACAGUUCACCAUCAGUCCGAGAGCUCUCAACAACUUGGAGCGCAUUCUCGUUCUUACGAGGCCAUUACAAGCGACCGAGGCGCGCGACAAGCUCUUCGCCCUCAUGGGUACGUGCGAUAUGGCUCCGUAUCUGUCCGUCGACUACAGUAAGUCGCUACGCGAUAUUUACGUCGAGUUCGCCAGACACUACGCUCAGAAAACGGGAAGCCUGGCCUUGUUUCUCCUGGCCGGGUCUCAAAACCCAGAUGACCAACCUGAUAUCGGUCUCCCUUCAUGGACUCCAGACUUUCGUUCUUCAACAGGUGUGGAUAUAUACACGGGGUACGGGAUUGAAAACGCAGGCACCUUCAAUGCCACCAAAGGGAAGCGCUACAUGGAAGCGUACUUGAAGGGGCAUACAGCGGGGGAUGCCGAUGGGGUAUUCGUAGCCGAAGGAUUCCUUUUGGAUACGAUUCAGACCACGGUUCCAGUCCUGAAAGAUGCGCAGACUCCGAAGCAAUUGCUUUCGGUUCUGCGAUUUGGACAGCUUGAUCAUCACCUUGGUUUUUCAGGCAAACCUCAGAUCGAAUCGCUGUUCGAGAGUCUCAUAUUCGACACUAAUGGGUACACUGGAGAGGACUCGGAAGCUCGAAUCGCCACAAAGCAACAUCAACGUUUGAACCAUAUGCUUGGCUUUAUGCGAGACUUGGAAACACACAUGGGCAACGAACUCCCUAGGAAGCAAGACGGAAAUGUCGACUUCAACACACUUUUCGGUUCCAAAGGAGGCAGCGAUUUACCCUACGUCGCUUUCUACGAAUCGAUCAAGAGGACCGAUCCGUCUCAGCUCGACGUUUAUUACAAAUCGUUCAUGAAGGAAUUCUUGUUGAAGUCAGGACGAGCCUCGAGCAUGUUUGUCUCUGACGACAACAAGAUUGGACGGUGCAACGUCGUUGCACAACCUGGCGAUGUCAUUGCCUUAUUGUUUGGUUGCCCCUUUCCAGUGGUUUUGAGAAGACAAGAGCUGGGAUUUGAGUUUAUCGGUGCUUGUUACAUCAGUGGCAUGAUGUAUGGGGAGUUGAUGAAUGAAAAGAGUACUAGUAGUCACUUGACGACUCAAGACAUCCCAUUGAUAUAGGUGGGGAGAGGCAUGAGUAUUGCAGCGGGAUCAUAAUAUAACUGUGAUUAUCUCUCUAUUCUUGGGAUGUUAG